AUGCAUCUCCCGAAAGAAGCGGGCCAAAACUGGGCCAAAACGAGAGCAGGGAGACGGAGUCGUCGCAUCGUAUCUUUCAACACGGUUUCCGCCUUUGAGAUCGACGUCUCGGGCCUCCACGUCGUCAUCGAUCGUGGGCAGCAUGUCAGCCGUGUCGACGGGGACCGAUUCGACGCAAAGCGAGUGGAGAAUCUGUGGACAGCGGAAUUCGGGUCUUUGAAAUACCCUGGAUUAACAACCGCAACCGAGACCUUGACCACGAAAAUCGGUCGAGGAACGUACUGCCAGGAUGCAGGAAAGUUCUCGGAAGUCUACACUGUCACCGGGAGAUGCUUCACGUAUCAAGGAAACGACAUCACACUCCCCGGAGUCUACAACGGACUCUAUCUCAGCUUGGUGCACGCGGACAGGGAUGCGAAACCUGAUCAAGUGGAUGGAAACAAAAGCACGGUUGCUGAAGUAUGGGAAGCUGUGAUCCACGAGCGGGAGGAAGUUCCUACAGUGAUAGCCCUUACUCAACGCCAAGAAAUUGUGAAGAACCUGGACUUGCGCUUCGGAAUCGCACUCCGAAACUUUCGAGUUCUGAGAAGAGGCAGUAACCCAUGCGAAAUGGAUCCCGGUUAUGUUCUCUCAAAUUGUCAUCGGGCUUGCUACGAAAAGGAACUCAUUGCCAGAGUUGGUUGCAGACUUCCGUUCAUGGCGAAUUCGACGACUAGGAUGUGCAACGGGGGAAAGGAGUUCAGGAACGCCUCGCUUACGAGCAUCCGAAUGGUGGACGGGAGAGACACGACCAUCCCCGCUUGGAUCCCUGACCAAUGUGGCUGUCCCACGCAGUGCAAUCAGGAUAUCUACAGUUUCUCCAUCGAUUCCCGUAUUCGAACAGACAAUAUCUCCGUCUUUCGACUCUAUUAUGUGGACAUGAACUACGAGGAAAUCCAAGAGGAGUACAGUUAUGAGGUCUUUGCCCUCCUAUGCGAUCUCGGAGGAACUCUCGGGUUGCUUCUCGGAGCCUCAGCUAAAAACCAGGAAUCCCUCGGAGGUACAGCAAAGAUGGAAAACUCGGGCGACCGAUCGGUUGACGACGGCCUUCUUCAAGUUUCCAACAACUCACGGAUCUACGCGGUCACCGUGAGAGUGAGUUCCAAGUCCUUCUUGCGCGAAUUUGACGUCGUCCCCCGCCGUAUCAUCGUAUAUAACGGUUGGUUUCGAGGAUGUGAAGAAGAUGAGAGUCAGAGGCUGGGUCCUCGUCGUGAUUGGUUUAGUCUUGACCGGGACCGAUAUCGCCUUCAUCGUCGGUGCGGCCACCGAGGACUGCCAACAACGAUGCCAGAGGGAGUAUGGAUCAGGGGCUGUGUGCACGUGCAGUUGGAAUUAUGUCAAGAUCAUUGCUACUUUUGGGUUUUCCCGAACAUCCCAGCCUUCAUGAUCAAGAACAUCCCAGCCUUCAUGAUCAAGAACAUCCCAGCCUUCAUGAUCAAGAACAUCCCAGACUUCUCCAGAUCCAACAACCAAUGA